UUUUUCGAAUUCCCCAUGGAUUGCUUUCAGUUAAGCUCACAAUCCCCAUAUGAGCUUCUGCUUAAUGCUGCUUUCUUGAUACCAUUUUCUCAUUAUUUCUUGGCAUUUCUAUUUUUACUCGCUGUAUUGCUUUGUCAUUUCGUGGAGAUGUACUUCAUGCAAGAAUUGUUCACUGGAUUUAGGGGACAACCUGUGUCUUUGACCUUUAAUUCUUGCUGUGACCUCUAUCAACAAGUUGUUUCCAAAUGUAAAACUCUUAAUGGCAGGUAUUCAUCUACACCAUGGCUUUGCAGUCCUCAUCUUCAGACUGCCUUUGUGCACUUCUUUGGAAGGGCACCCGUUUGCAACUACCGAAGACAGAUAUUUCACAUUUCUGAUGGUGGGAAUAUAGCUUUGGACUGGCUAAGGAAAGUUGAUGUUGAAAAGCCAUCCAUUGAACGUCUUGAUGGAGUUCAGAGAGAUGAUAAAAGCCCCAUCUUGCUAGUCAUUCCUGGUUUAACAAGUGACUCUUAUUCUGCUUACAUAAAGCAUCUCACUUUCAAGAUGGCCAAACGUGGAUGGCAUGUCGUCGUGAGCAAUCAUCGGGGUCUCGGCGGAGUGUCAGUAACUUCUGAUCGUUUUUAUAAUGCUGCAUGGACGGAAGAUGUCCGCAAAGUCAUUGACCAUCUCCACACCCAAUACCAUCAGGCUCCUUUAUUUGUUGUUGGCCUUAGCUUUGGUGCUAAUCUUCUGGUAAAAUAUCUUGGUGAGGAAGGAUUUAAUACUGCAAUUGCUGGGGCAGCUGCAGUAUGUUCUCCUUGGGACCUUUUGAUUUGUGACAGGUUUAUGAAUCGCAGACUUGUGCAGAAAUUUUAUAACAGAGCUCUUACGAUUGGAUUAAAAGAUUAUGCCAAGCUGCAUCAGACAGUAAUGUCUAGGUUGGCAGAUUGGGAAGGCAUUGUUAAGUCCCGUACUGUCAGAGAUUUUGACCACUCUUCUACUCGUGUUCUUGCUGAUAUUGAGACUGUCGAUACAUAUUACAGGAAAGCUAGCUGUGCCAGCUAUAUAGGAAAUGUGAUGGUUCCCCUCCUUUGCAUUAGUGCCUUGGAUGAUCCAGUCUGUACAAGAGAAGCAAUUCCAUGGGACGAAUGUCGGGCUAACAAAAAUAUCGUACUAGCUACCACGCACCAUGGAGGACACUUGGGAUAUUUUGACGGGAUGACUGCAAAAAGUCUCUGGUGGGUUAGAGCUGUUGAUGAAUUUCUUUGUGCUUUGAACUCCAGCUCAUUGAUCCAUAGCAAAAAGAGGCAGAUUACCACAGUGCACAGUCCCCUGGAAUCAUCCAUUGAUCAGGCCCCAUAUGUCAAUCUUAGAGAAGACGGAUUGGUGACCGCAUUUAGCAAUGAGCAAUCAGGUGAAAUAGGAAGUCAGCAGAAUGAGCAGCCGGUCGAAGAUGACAAGGCUGGAGAUAGUAGAGGGGUCAAUGGUACGAUGCAACUAGAACCAAAUGCAACAACUCAGUUAGUCACUGGAUUCAGCCACGAGACAUCAAGUGAAGUAGGAAAUGAGCAACUGGUUGAAGAUGACAAGGCUGGAGAUGGUAUUAGAGCUGUCAAUGGCAGGGUGCAACAAGAACACAAAUGCAAUGGAACUAGCCUAGUGAGUGACCAGUAUUAAAGUUUAUUAAUGUGCAUCAAGAACCAAAAAGUUUAAAGUUUGUUUGAACUUUGUAUUUUACUGUUAAUAAAAACAUGCAAUAUGAAGUUAUGAUUUAAAAUCAUGUGAUUUGGGAUCAGGAUUUAAAAUCCCGCUCUAAAGGUUAAAUACCUA